UACCUGCAGUGAGGCUUCUCAACAGAUUACUAAAGAGGAUUGGGCAAAGUGGAUAGGCAUUUCAACAUUGAACUUUGAAAGAAUCACCUAGUCCAGCAUUAAGAACAUGUGCAACACUGGCUCAACUACAACUUUUUUGUUAGGCGGGAGCUGUUUGCUGCAGGUUUUGUUAGUUGAUGGUCACAACUUAGUGAGGCUAGUCCAGAGUUUAGAAAUGACAAUUUCUUCUCCAAAUAUCCCACUUGAAAUUCUUGCUACACUUCUAAACCUGGAUGGUGAUGCUGAAUAUUCACUGCUUGUAAACUUGAAAAGGUUGGAUGAUCUUCAAUUGUCAAGGCAAAUUUCCAUUGAAACAUUGCAUAAUUAUCUUGCAUAGACUUGCCGCAAGGCUUAGCUCGAGUGGAAAAAGGUGGUGGAUUUGUGUCUUAGGUCGUAGGUUCAAGCCCCACACCAUGCAAAGUGAAGCCCGAGUGUUUAAGUGGAGAAGGGUAGAGGGGCGGGCCCAUUAUCCACUGAGUUUAGAAGGCAAUGAUUGGUCCAAAGGGUGGGUCACAGGCGAAUUUCUCGUUAUCAAAAUAAAAAAAAAGAUCUUGCAGAGACUUUUAAGAACUCCAGAAGUUUCGAU